AUGGCUCCUGGUGGUCAGGGUACGAACCUAUGCUCAUGCAUCUUCUUCUACGACGAGCCUGAUACCCUCGGCAUCCUCGCCUUCGACGCCGCAAAAACCAUGUGCCGCCUCCUCUCCCUCUACAAGUCCCUCACGGAAACCGAGAUCAACAACCUCCGCUGCCACGUCAUCAUCUCCAAAGGUGUGGCCCACCUCAAUUCCCGCGACGACUGCUUCCUCCUCAACCUUGCCUGCGCUGAGCGCCUCGAGGAUCUCAACCUCGCCGCCGCCGCCGUCUCCCGCCUCGGUCUCCGCACCUCCGACGCAGUGAAAAGUGGCGCGGUGGAUAUCAAGAAGCUGGAGUUCGGCACGCGGAACGUGGGGAGAGUGAUUGAGAAAACGGAGAAACUGGUGUCGGCGACGAGGAAGCUUCACAAUGCUUUGGAAUCGUUAUCGGAGGCGGAGGCUGCGGAGAGGAAGAUCCAGCGGUGGAGGCACGUGAGGAGCAGCCACGGGCACGGACUCAAGGUGAAGGUGGAGAGUUUCAACGACAGGAUCGUGUCUCUUAAACGGCAGGUCGAACAUUACAAGCAAAAUUCGCUUUGGGGCCUCACAUUUGACAAGGUUGUCGGUCUCAUGGCGAGGAUUGUCUUCAUUGUCUUCGCUCGGAUUUGUUCCGUUUUCGGUUCACUGAUUAGUACCGGCAUGCCUUCUCGGGAAGAUCCUCUGGCGCUCCAGCAUGACUCAUGCCGGAUGGAAAACCGGGACUUGUACCGGAUGAACCUUUGUCUCUUCGAACACGUGAGAAAUAAUAAUAGUGUUUUGAAGUGCAAUAGGACGGGGGUGGUUCGGUUUCCCAACCGGCUUCCGCCGUUGUCACGCGGCGGAGAGGUGGUGAAGAAUAAUGGAGUUUGGCGGCUGGCGCCGGCGUCAACAGUGGGCGGAGCGGGGCUUUCUUGGAGGUACGCGAACGUGAUUUUGUUCGUGGACAGGUGCAUGCGUUGUACGGUGGCGAUUGGGGAAGACGCACGCGCGGCGAUGUAUGGUUUGUUGCCGGGGAGGUUGAAAGGGAAGGUGAGGGCCAAGUUGAGGAGUGAGUGGUUGAAAUGGGAUAAGGGUUUGGAGGGAGGAAAGGAAGUGGCGGAGCGGUGGUACGGCUCCGUGGGGGAGGUGAUGGAAUGGCUGUUGCCGGUGGCGCAUGACACAGUGAAGUGGCAGGGUGAAAGGAACAUGGAGAAGCAGAAGUUUGAGACGAAGCCCACCGUGCUCUUGUUACAAACGUUGCAUUACUCGGAGUUGGAGAAGGUGGAGGAGGCCAUUGUGGAGGUGCUGGUAGGGUUGAGUUGUAUAUAUUGGUACCGAAAACAAUGA